AUAAACAUGAACAGCACCGUUCCGUCGAGAGGUUCACCGGGGGACACGCACACCGUCUGCCCUACAUAAAAUGCACCCAUUGUAGGCCGAAGUGUCAGCUGAGGACGACCAGCAACCUAGAAACAGCAGUUUAGCCCCUCCUUCCCUUUGUCAGUCGUAUUGUAAACGUUAGCCCGAGGUCUUCUGAGGUAGUUUCUUGUCCAAAAAUAGAUCGUAAAAUUGGCAUCAACUGCAAAAGUAAUAUUUCGACCGUAAGAACACAGUUUUUUUUUAACAACCCUUUUCUAGACUCCUCACGAUUCAAAGGCGAUGUCCCGGGGAACUGUGCCCAAUGACAUCAUUCAAGCCUUUUGUUUACAGUUGCUAGGGGUUACAGGCUGACAUUUCCAACCGUCCUGCUCGAGAUACGCGACUCAUUUGAUUUCUCUAUUUGCAUAAAACGGACUAAAGACAAAAAAAAGUUUUAUUUUUGUUUUAAACUGAGUUGACUAUUGACUUUGUGGGAUGGCAGAUUCUGUUCUAUCAGAAAAACUGCUUAUCACCGAGAGUGCGGAGAGCAUUCGUGUCUCCUCGUCAGUGUUCACGGACCCUUACGAACGCUCUGUUAACUAUAUGGAGACUCAUAAUAUUCUUCAGAUUUUUCAGGACAUCACAGAGAAACUGGUUUUUGAUAGACCAGAUGAUCCACUUCAAUUCAUGUUAGAACAGGUGCAAAUGAAGAUCAAAAUCCGUGAUGAGUCAAGCAAUACAUUUGUCAAAUCAUAAUGAAUUAAAAAGCAAAGGAACUAUGGCGUUGCAAGGAAUUGAAUACAUAUUUAUACGUUUAUUUAUAUAUUUCUUUAAGUGAGGUGUGUUGGUUACUGCAGGUUGUUCACUGACUCUGCAUUGUUGUUUCCAAGCAACAGUCUUCCAAAUUUAUCAAGUUUGUGAGUGACCUAAAGUUUUAAGUAUCUCAAUAUAUAUAUUUCCAUUAAAAUCCAUUAUCCAUGUAUUUUCCAAUCCAAUCCAUUAAAAAAGUAACUUAAGAGUUAUUACUGACAGGCCUUCUCUGGAUAUCAUGUCACAGAACGGAUUGAUUUGUAUUCUGGCAUUAUCAACAACUACAUUUUAGCAACUUGUUAGGUUAUACAUUUUACAUGUAUUCUCCAUAACAUUGUAAGCCAGGCACAAGCUGGCUUUUGCUCUGCACUCAAAUUUCCAUGAUGUAUUUUUGCUGCAUAAAUGAAGGAAGUCUUUGUUUAUAGUUGGCUCUUCUUGCAGUGUAUUUCUAUUGUUAUUUACAUUUACUCUGGAGCAACAUCUUGUGUUUCAAGACUGGUUUAUUACAUGCAUUCUCUUCAUUUUUAAAUGAAAAUAAAUGUCAAAAUAAGUU